AUGCGGGCCUCCGGCUGCUUCGUUUUUCUUUUGUUCUUCCUCUUCUCUUCAUUUUCUUUGGGUUCUUUGGCUCUGUCGGAUGCUGAGGCAUCAUUUAUUACUCAUCGCCAACUCUUAGCCCUUCGGGAGAAUGAUGAUUUGCCACCUGGCUAUGAAUAUGAGGUCGAUGUUAAAUUCACCUUCGCCAAUCCUAGGCUUAGACGCGCCUACAUUGCGCUUCAAGCUUGGAAAAAGGCCAUAUAUUCGGACCCUUUGAACACAACAAGAAAUUGGGAGGGUGCCGAUGUUUGCAAUUACAUGGGCGUGUUUUGUGCACCGGCUCUUGACGAUCCGCAGCUGAUGGUUGUGGCCGGUAUUGAUCUAAACCAUGGUGACAUUGCCGGUCACCUCCCUGUUGAACUAGGCUUAUUGACUGACCUCGCUCUUUUUCAUAUUAAUUCAAACCGGUUUUGUGGAAUCAUCCCAAAGAGUUUCUCAAAACUUACCCUUAUGCAUGAGUUUGAUGUUAGCAACAACCGUUUUGUUGGUCAGUUCCCAAAAGUUGUUCUCUCAAUGCCAAGUCUCAAGUAUCUUGAUCUUAGGUAUAACAAUUUUGAGGGAGAAUUGCCUCAUAAACUCUUCGACAAGGAACUUGACGUAUUGUUCUUGAACAAUAAUCGAUUUGACUCGAACAUUCCUGAAAAUCUUGGGAAUUCACCGGCCUCAGUCAUUGUGUUUGCCAAUAACAAAUUAAAAGGCUGCAUUCCAAGAAGCAUUGGUAAAAUGGUGAACACCCUGAAUGAAAUUGUGUUCUUGAACAAUGAACUAUCGGGAUGUUUGCCAUCGGAGAUUGGAUUGCUCGGAAACGUGACAGUUUUUGAUGCCAGAUCGAAUGGAUUUACAGGGCUAUUGCCAAAGAGUUUUAAAGGGCUUGAAAAGGUGGAGAUAUUGGAUGUUUCAGACAACAAGCUUACAGGUUUUGUUCCUGAAAAUGUUUGUCGUUUGCCCGGAACUAUUUCAACGGUGAGGCCAAGGCAUGUGAGCCAGGAUUAA